CAAGAAGCUUGUGGCAGGUACAACCGAUGCUGAGACAGAACAGUAAAUUUCCAGAAGAAUCCAUCACAAGGCUCUCUGCAACUUUAGAACGCAGAUGCACUCAACUGGAUUGUGCAGUGACACCAUGUCGGUUGAGACAUCUGUUCCACAAAUUGAUUUUGUACCUGCAGCAGCUGAAGACUAUGAAGAAGUGAUGUCCAUCUCUGGUGGGAUAUACAACGGAACGGACUAUCUGCCUUUCAUCUACCAUAAAUGGCUGGAGGAACCCCAGAGAAGAAUGUUUCUUGCCAAGUGUGAAGGGAAAGUGGUGGGCUUUCAGUCAUUCAUACUAGUUGAUGAUGGAACUACUGCUGUGGUGGAAGGUCUUCGGGUAGCUCCCUGGAUAAGAGGACGUGGGGUGGCUGGAUUGAUUCAGAGGUUUUGCUUGGAUACUCUGCAUUCUGACCACCCGGAGGUUAAAAUAAUUCGACUGACCCGGCCAGAGAAUCCACCAACUGCUAUGUUGACUAAAUACAAAGUGAUCAACUCUAAGGCUAUGUUGUCUGUAUUCCUUCCUACUGAUCAAUUGGAAAUGAAACUCAAGUUACUGGAGUCUCGAAUUAACAAUUUGGACAGCUCCAAAGACCUAUCUGUUCUGGAACCAAAAGAAAUUCUCAGAUUCUUUGAGGAGUCUAAAACAAGACAACAACUGCUUCCUGGUGGUUUACUAGUUCAAGGCUGGCUUCCUCUUACCACUGCUAAGUCCAACCUAAAUCUUAUACUGAAACGACAGAUUGUCUGGAUUUAUUCUCAUCCUGGGGAUUUGAUUAGCACAGCUUCCUCUUCUAAGGUCACAACCAGCUGUGAUGGUACCCAUGCCUAUCUAGAAGGAUUUCUCAGCCUUGGUACCCCUCCAUAUCCAGUGCCUUUUGCAGAGGGAGUACACCGUCUAGAUAUUGACAUGUUUGGAAAUAACCCAUCUUGUGCCAAGGUCCAUGUUGUAGAGCAGUUGAAGAUUGGAGUACAAGCAUCACCGGCAGGGAGCAGUAUAAUCUGUAUGCUAUAUGCAGAUGAGAGUCUCCGAACUGAGCUUGGCCAACUGUGUGAAGAGCUGACUCCAUUCCAUUUCUCAAGGGAACAGAUGAUAAUGGAAAUGGAGAUCUAGGAUUGAUUAAUUUCCACUUCCCUGUUUUAGGUGUAAUUUUGCAUCACAAAAUAUCUGUCAACUGAUCCCAUUUAUUACUAUUGUUAUAAAAAUUAAAAUGAUGUGCUACAUGCUUAGGAAAACAUGGAUUCCUAUGGAUCAGUUUUCCAUUACUUAAAUUAAAGUUAUA